GCCCGGAACCGGUAACGUUAUUCCCCUAGUGAAACUUGAAGCAACUAGUUCGAUGACGACCACUGUGUGCCGUCAAAUUUACGUAGUGCUGAUUGGCGCACUACUCGUUGCAAUCAAUUUAAAAGAAGCUGAUUCUUUCACAAUUACAAGUGAUGGAGUCCGUGGAUUUGAAUCUCGCGAAAGUCACGAGCUAUUCACAUCGGCAGAAGAUCAUCUGAAAAGGAUAGGGCUACAACGUCCGGCCAAUAACGGACAGGCCAUUGCCAGGCAUUCGGAUGAACACGAUGAUUCCUCAGAGUUCAGGAUUGCUGUUGGCACUGUUGCUCCGGCUGUUGGCCGAAACCCGACGAUCCGUACCGUUAACCAAGUGACUCGAGCCCCAACGGCUAACGUCCGGCUUCCCGUUUCGUUCCACUCUGACGAACACGAUGACCUGUCCGACGAAGAAAGAUCCAUUACAGGUAUUUUGAGCUCUAAUAAGCAGGUUGCAUCAAUUCAAAUGACACCGAAUGCCGGAAGCCAAGCGGGCCAACGUAUUACCAAGCAUCCGGACGAGCGUUUGAUUGUUUCCGCCCAACCGGGAAAACAGGUUAUUAUCCGUACGGUCACGACUCCUGUCAGCGUUCAACCCCCACCGAUCCACAAGGCCAUGUUCAGACAUUCUGACGAACAUGACGAUUAUUCUGAUGAAAUUGUUUCAAGAGUAUCGGUUUUAAACGCACCGCCCAUUCCGAAUGUUCCAGCAGUAGCGGCCAAAGCGACUGGCCUUGGUCAAACGACUAAUCCUCAACCUCCCCUUGAUCGGCCGCGCUCUGGCGGUCGCGUUGAUUUGCCAUGGUUGGAACACGCUGAUGACAUUGACGUCCAAAUUGACCCUAUAACAAAGCAGAUCGUUAACGUCAGAGCCGAACAGAAAGAUUCCAUCGAACACGACGAUUUGUUUUCCGAUGAAAUCACAAGAUCACGUAUGCCCCCGACACCUACAUUUACAGCCUUAAAUACUAAUCCGAUCCAGUUAAACGCUGGGAUUCAAACACCUGUUAACGGACCUCCGCUACCCCUUGACAAUGUGGCGCGCGUUUUGAACCAACAAAACGUUCAAAUCCGACCGGCAACACUUGGACAGGCUGCGGCCGUCAUCGUCGGACGCCAUUUAAUCGAUCAUUCUGACGAAGUGGACGAUCAUUCUGUGGAAAUCCAUCACGUCAGAACAGGCAUCCCAACACGAGCCGUUUCCCCAGGUGUAGGCACCCCUGCAAUUCCGCCAACGGAUGUGCGACAUCUGUUGGCAGAUUCUAGCGAACACGAUGUCUCGUUAGAAGGCGUCCUCCACCUAUCGAACGGCCAAACGCAAAGGACUGCCGUUCAUCGUCAGGGCGUGUUCAGGGAUUCUGACGAACGAGACGUGUCAUCUGAAGUCGUCAGAAGAAUAUUGAAUCAACACAACUUAACGAGGUCGAACCACCAAGACGUUCAUCGUGUCAGCCAUUCUGACGAACGUGACGACACGUCGGUCGAAGUGAUUUUGCAUGUCCGCAACGGAACUGCAACGGUCCAGCGAAUGCCUUCGAUGAGGCAUUCGCACGAACUCGACGACACGUCUGACGAAAUGCGGGGCAUUGGUCGCAGUCUUCCGAUGCGCCCAAUAGGCCAGCAGGGAGUGCGUGUCGUGUCAAGACAAUCACACGAGCGCGAUGAUUCGAUGGAAAUGAUCGGGCUCGUGCGGAAGGUGGCUGUCACGCCUCACGAAACAACGGUCAUUGGCGGCCACGUCAUUAGGCACUCGGACGAAAUCGAUGACGAUUCUUCAGAAUUGCACCACGUCGGAAGUCAAUCACCACCUGGCGGUGGUCGCGUUCCCGCAACACCUGGCGUCGGACAUCACUUCAGACAUUCCGAUGAACAUGACGUCUCUAUAGAAGACGUGAUUGGCGUCCGCCAUCAGCCAGCAAAUGGUCAGAUCCAAGCAGCGCCAGUCCAUCCAGGUGUUCGAAUUCUGGAAGACUCACACGAACACGACGACUCGAGAGAAAGGAGAGGGCGCGUUCUCGACCACCAAGGCCGUCCAAUCAAUACGACCGUAUAUCACCGCGAAUCGGAUGAGCACGAUGACCUGUCCUUGGAAGUGGACUUGAGUUUGCUUCCGGAAAUCCAGCGGCUUUUCACAGGCGCGAAAGCGGACGCAGUGGCCCCGCCAGCUGUUCAACAUCAACAGGGAAUGGCGGCAUCGAUAGGUGGAAGAAAUCACGGAAAUCAGGCCGUUCAAAAUGCUGUGGAAAUGGACGUUUCACUUGAGGUGGAAGACAUUUUGGCCAACCCGUUGUUCCAGCGAAAGAUUCAAGAGAUCGACGACCGUUUGAAAUCGAUGCCGGACGUCAGGGGCAAGCGUUUGAUUGAGAAAUACGCUGAAGCUCUUGCUCUGUCAUCUCCGUCGUUCAGUUCGGCACCAUCGAUCAUUCAAUCAUCUUUCUACCUCCCGCUUUUAUUCACUUGCCUUUUGGUUUGGUUUUCGUAGAUGGCUAUACACUUCCCAAUGAUCUUCUUGUACCAUAACAACGGCUCGUCUCUUUCGGGAUUUAUUUUUUUGUUAUUACUUACUUCGUUCUAACCAAUUAAACCAGUUCAAUUCGGGAUAGCUUUCAAUCCCCCUAAUCAUUGGGGGGGGUGGUUGCGGUAUGUAGCCUUCUCCUCUUUCUCCGUGUUCCAGCAAGAAAGCUAAAUACAGUUUUAGCUGCAACUCGUUUCAUCUUUAAAACACGUAUUUUCUUUAUUAUGUGUAGUAUAGGAAUUAACCACUUAGCGCUGACAUAACACCACAACCCUGCGAUAAACCACCGAUUGUUAAAGCAGAGCGAUGUGAAAAACGGUGAUGAUUUGUUUUUCCUUUUGAUUUUUAAAAGUAAUACUAGUUUAAUAUUCAAGUUGUAGCCAAUGACGUCCAGCAACGAUAAUGAAUUUCUGGAAGACGGGAAAUCUAAAAGGACAGCACAAAAAAUGUUCGUGACGUCAUCAACAAUUGGCCCCCCCCCCUUGAAAUUUAGGAAUGACACACACGUUUCAUUUUCCUUGCAAACACGAUAUUAUUUCAAAAUCUCCUUUUGGCAAAAAAAUAUAUAUCCGUCAAUCAAA